AUGCUUAGACGAAGACUAUCUGUUCUCUCAACGUCAAUCAUCAGAAGCUCAAAUCAUAGCAAACCCAUUCUCAGAUACCCAUCUAUCCAAUUUCAACCCUUUCAGCUCCCUCACACUCUUAAUGCUUAUCAAACAAUCAGUCGUCGUAAUGAAUUCCCAGAUUUUCAAGGUGUUAGAGCUUACAGUCUUCUGAGCUUGAAUGAUCUAAGAGAUAAGAUUCCCAGGAAACAGAAGACGAGGAAGGGGCGUGGGAUUGGGUCUGGAAAGGGUAAGACUGCUGGGAGGGGUCACAAGGGUCAGAGAGCCAGAAAAGGCAUAAAAUUGGGUUUUGAAGGAGGCCAGACCCCUCUUCGCCGAAGAGUACCCAAACGUGGGUUCAAGAACCCAUUUAGCCUCACUUUUCAGCCAAUAGGUUUGGGGAGAAUUGCAAAGCUUAUUAAUGCUGGGAAUAUAGAUUCUUCUGAACUGAUUACAAUGAAAACACUCAAGGAUGCAGGGGCACUUGGGAAGCAAAUGAAAGAUGGAGUAAGAUUGAUGGGUCGUGGUUCAGAGCAAAUCAAGUGGCCAAUUCAUCUGGAGGUAUCAAGGGUUACUGUUAGGGCUAAGGAAGCAGUUGAAGCAGCUGGUGGGUCUGUGAGAAAGGUGUAUUAUAAUAAGUUGGGCUUAAGGGCACUGCUGAAGCCUGAGUGGUUUGAAAAGAAAGGCAGAUUGUUGCCUAAAGCAGCUAGACCUCCUCCAAAGCAAAAGGAUAAAGUUGAUAGCAUUGGUCGCUUGCCAGCCCCAACAAAGCCAAUUCCAUUUUUAGUUGAAACAACCAAGGAUCUUCCAGUUCAGCCACUUAGUUAA